CCCCGCCCCACGGACGUGGCAUCUCUUCCGAGGCUGUGGGAGGCUCCUGCCUGGGCUUGGGAGGCGCAGAGCCCAUCAUCCGCCCGCCUGCCGAGGAGCGCCAUGGCCGCGCGGGUCGCUCUCCGGCUGCUGCCCGUGCUGCUCCUGGCGGGGCCGGGGCCCCUGCUCGGCGCCUUCCAGCUCCACCCGGCCCGCCUGGAGGGCUUGGCCCGAGGGAAAGUCGAGAGCUGCCGCGGAUGACGACUGAACCGCCUGAAAGAGGUGAAGGCCUUCAUCACGGAAGACCUCCCUCUGUACCACAACCUGGUCAUGAAGCACCUGCCCGGAUCCGACCCCGAACUCGUGCUGCUCAGUUUCCAGUACAAAGAACUGGAGCGCAUCCCGCUCAGUGACAUGACCCGGGAAGAGAUCAACCAUCUGGUCCAAGAGCUGGGCUUCUACCGCAAGGAGGCGCCCGAUGCCCCCGUGCCCAAAGAGUACCAGCUCUCACCAGCUCGGCCGGACACACAGGCAACCAAGGCCAAGGCGGAGGGGAAAGGAGCGGCCGGCAACGAACUGUAGCCGUGAGGUUUCUCACGGGACAGUUUUCCCCCGCUGCUGUGCUCCACGUUCACGGGACAGGAUGAAGCCCUCGGACGAAAGCUCUUGCCGCCGAGGGUGGAUAGACAGCGUCCCUUUGGGCACCAGAGCAUGGCAUGCUGGGUCCCCCAAACCCCAAAAAUCCAGAAAUAAAGUCUAUUUUCAUCCAUCA